CAACAUUCAGCCUUCAUCUCAUUCAGAGCUCAGUGCUUUUCCCACAUCUUGACUUGCUUUUAGUGAAUCAUGGCAAUGGAUUUCAAUGGAGAUUGGAAACUUUAUGAACAGGAGAAUGCUGAAGAGUUUCUCAAAGCUAUCUCUGCUCCAGUUAUGUACCUUAAAAUGAUGAAUGAAGUGAAACCUGUAACGACGAUACAUCAGCACGGAGAUGAAUUCACGAUCUGUGUGAAAUCGCCGAUCAGAAAGCACACAAACUCCUUCACCAUCGGCACUGAGACUCAAUUCAACACCAUAGACGGCAAACAAAUCAAGGGAAUCGCACGACUGAUCGAUGGCAAGAUUGUGAUUGAAACGGAGAAGUUUACACACGUGAGAGAGAUUCAGGGAGAGGAGAUGAUAGAGACAAUCGCUUGUGGAAACGCACAACUCAUCCGGAGAAGCAGACGUGUUUAAUUUGCGAUUGUUAAGAGCAUGCAAAUAUUUGUACACUUUGAUUCAAAUGAUCCGAAUGUGUGUGCGUAUCUAACACACUGUUAUUCAUCAUAGCGCCUGUAGAUGGCACUGCUGACACUAUUAGUUGUUGUGUUCUUAUAAAGAAAUAAAGAACAUAACCCUGAA